AGUUUCCGGAUCUAAAAAUUACCGACCCGAUCAGCGUGCAGAAUCAUGCGUUGAACAGCUUUUUUCACUACUGUCAACCCGAACGGACAGCAGGCACGUUGCAACAUAAAAAAUGCUCUUCAUCAGCACAGGUUUGAGAAAGUUUUCGGAUGGCGACUAAAAGACUGGCUUGAAGUGACAAAUCUGCCCUCGAGAAUAAUCUAGCAACAGUUGGCUGGUGGAGUUUGAUCGGUGUGGGUCGAUAUGACAAACAUCUAGACAAGGAAGCCGCGAAAAGUUUGAGGACGGAAACUCGAAAACGAUCAAUUUUCGCAAGUGCCAAAACAAGUAAUUAAAAUGUUUAGCUUUUUCAAACGCUCAAAGAGUCAAAAAUCAAAACAAAAACACGAUGCAAGUGCAGCGAAGGUUGCAGUGCCGAACGCGUGUUUCUCUAAUACUAACAACGCAGCAACACCGAUGCGACUACUCGAUCAAAACGAUGGUGUUCGAGAUCGUGUUGAUGCUAAGGUAAGACCCACUACCGGCAAUGGCGGAAGUGGUGGAGAGGGCGAAAGUGUUAAAAAUAAGCAGCAUCCACCGCCAACGGCUACUCGCUUCAGUCCGAAUGAUAUAAUCCGCGAGAACGGUCGUUCGUUAGAUUUUGAGGACGGCACGGGCAGCGUGAUCGAGUUCGCAGACGCCACCGAAUCUGACGACGGGAACGCGAUCAAUGAGUGCGAGGAUCGAGAGGAUCCCAAAUUGCUGCCACUUCAAGUACGGGGGGAGACUAACGAUUCGAAAUCAGCUAGUUGUAAUCAAAACGCGAACCUGCUCGAAAGCAUCAUGGCGAAAGGUAAAAACAAACGACGCUACCAGCAGCAGCAAAAUGGCAAGAAUUUGCAGCAACAACAAGGUCACAAACAGACGGGUCAGCAUCAACAAUCCAACAAAGAUAACCACCUGCUGCACAAACAAGCAAUCAGCGAAAAAUCACACAAAGUAAGCACAGAGAAAGUGAGCGACACGAUUGACGUGUCUAAGGUGACGACGCAGCAGGCUGAAAUUGUGUCUCAAGUAGAGCAAAUUAAUGGCGAAGUUAAUCAUAGUGAGCAUAAUUCCAACCAGGAGCAAAAAGUGAAAAUCGUUAGCAAAGAUACUGAGACUGAGCAACGACCGUGUCUCACGGCCGGUGACGUCAAUGGAAACAACGUCGAAGUUCACGAGGAUAAAAAUAGCAUCGUGGUGCGCUCGGAUACCGAAAGCCCAUCGGACGGUGAUCAUCCCGAUGAAGAUGUGAGUGUAACAACCGAGGACCUUACUGUCACUACAUCCGUGACAUCACCAUUUCCGUUAACACAGACAACGAACAGCGAUCUCACUGAGAUCGCUAGCAAAGCCGGCCUAAAUGAAUUAUUAAAGAGCAUCAAUAUCGACUCAGUAUCUUCUCGGUGUCCUGCGGCGGAACUUCAUCAAUCCACCACUAUUCACGAGAUUAAAGAUGGUUUGCGCGACACGAUUGGCGGUAGUGAAAUUGUAACUAGCAAAGACUUAACAUCAGUCAAGGAAAUGGGCCAAACGCCAAGCAAAACCAGUGAAUCCGCAGGCACUAACAGACGAUCGCUCACGCCCAAUCGUCAAUCGCCCUGUCCAGCAUCAGAAACUCGGCAACAACCGUUGCUAUCAGUACAAGUGAAACAAGAUGCUUCUCGGGACGAUAUUAGCGACGAUCGAGAUGUCUUCUACGAAGCGACGGAAUCCUUAUCCCCCGUACCUAACUCCACCCCCGUGGAUAACAGUGUCCCGGCCGUACCGCCGUUCUCCGCGAUCAAACCAGCAGGCCAGGAAAAGUCUGCACUUCCCAAGGCUAUCAUUUCCGCUCAUCAAAGUGAGCCGCGAAUCAGCCCGAAGAAACGAGUAGUGUUCAGUGAUCAGCUCAUAAUAGAUGGGAACCCCUCCCAGGAAUCCGAUUUACGCAACGACAGUGUUAGCAGUGCAAGUACCGAGUCAAUCCCGAAUGCGUUAAAUUUAGAACCACCACGUUAUGAGCAUGUCGUGAAAAAUAAUGAUGAACAAAUGCAUGCCGAAUCCUUACCGCCCGGUUCAUUUGUGUUUAACCAAAGUGCAAACGAAGUAGUCAGUGCCGAUAAUAACGUCGAGCAAAGUGCAUUUAAUAGUGAUAAGAGUGGCAUUUCUAUCAGUGUUCCAAUGAUCAUUGUCAAACCGAAACUAAUCGAAUUCCGUUACGAUCGCAGUGAUCCAAGUGCUCCGCAAAAUGGUCAUAGCGAAGAAGAAAAAGAAAAAUCACAGCCUACUGUGAUCAAUGGUGAUAAGGAGUUGAUUGAAAAUGGCACCACCUUGAUCGUGGAUGAGAUCAUCAGCCUUCCGGAUGUGGUGCAGCCAACGAACAUCGACAAGGCAACCAAACAGCCCUUCAGCACAGUUGAUAAAAUCAACAGUGAAAUGAAGGAGCUAGUGAAUCAGGAAUCCCGCUACAGCGUCAAGCUUGAGGAUGCUGAGAAGCGGGCCAGCGAGGCCCAGACUAAGGUGUACGAGCUGAAGCAACGGUUGGAUGAGGUGGAAAGAGAAGUUUCCUUGAAAGAAUGCAACGUAGACCGCCUCAAAGCGGAACUAGAUGCAGCGUGCAAGGAAUGUGAGACUAUCCGUGCGCGGAUGCACUCGCAGAGCUCCGAACUGGACGCACUAAGACUGAAAUUCUCCGAACGGGAGGAUGAGCUAAAUCUUAAGUACCAAAAUUUAGAAAUAGAAUACAUAGAGUUAACCGAGAAGCUGAAAGAUGUGCGUCAGUUGGCCCACGAUUUGAACAUGCAGCUCAUCAACGCCCAAUCGGAAGCGGAGCGGGUCCAGAAGGAGAAGAAUCAGCUCCUGGAGGAACGUGCCGAGGAGCAGAAACUGGUCAAGGAAGCGCUCGAGUCGGCCUUGAAAGAGCGAGCGCAGAUCGAGGCCAAGUGGAAGAAUGAUUUCGAGCAGCUGCGGACGGUGCACUCCGACCGGGAGGAGCAAUUCAUGGAGGACUGCGAGUGGAAGAUACGGUCGAUGCAGAAGAACUGCAAGGAGAAGAUGGAGAAGAUCGAAAGCGAACACAAGAUGGCCAUGGACAAGAUGGCGCAGUUGGAGCAAGAGUCGAGCAAACAUAUAGAGGAGGCCAAACACCUAAGAUCUUACGAAGCGGAGGUGGCCCAGUUACGAGGGUUGACUUACGACCAAAAGGAGGCACUGAAGACAAUGACGCGCCAGAUUGACCAACUCAAGGCCGACUUGCUGAUGGCCAAUAACAAACUGGAAGCGGAAAUUGUUAAGGUGCAACAGAUCAAGAACCGCUGUGAAUACCAACUAUGUGAAAAGGAGCGUGAGGCUCUCAACCGAAUAGAAAUCGCUCGAGGAGAGAUUGCAAUGCAGUGGGAGGAUCGGUUGCUUCACGAGAUGAAUCGCCUAAAGAUGGAACUGGAGCAGAUGUACAUCGAGGAGCGAGUUGCCGCCAUCAACAAGUUCAAACGGGAAGCCCUGGAGGAAACGGAAGCGCUCAAGCACAAGUUCAACAUGCGCGAGAGGCAACUCAAAGAAGAGAUUGAAUCACUGAAAAGCACAAUCCAGUUGCAAAAACAAGCGAUGGAGGCUGCCCAAACGGAAGCGGAUCACAGACUAGUGCAGUCUCGAAUGUUUGUAGAACGAGCAGAACGAGAGCAUGAGACUAUUUUGGCCAAAGAAGUUUCCAAGAGGGAUCAAAUUAUUGAUAAUCUCAAAGAACAAUACGAGAAGGAAAAGUUCGAGAUGGAGCAACACUUUAGUCUGAGAAUACAGCAAGUACAGGAAGAGUUCCAACGGGAAUUGUCCGAUACAACCGAAUUGCUGAAAGCUACACACAAGAAAGAAUUGGAACAACAAUGGAAGAAUUUGGUGAACGAGAAGGAAGAAGCACUCCAACUGAUGGACUCCCGACAAAGAAACCGUCUUCAGGAAGCUGAAAAUGAAAUCAGAGAGCUAAAGAUCGGCCAUCAGCGGGAAAUGAAGGACCUUCACGAGGAACAACUGUUCACGAUUACCAGUCUGGAGGCACGCGAUACCAAAAAUGCCCAGGAAAUUCAAACCUUGCACAAAAAGUGUCGAUGUUUAACGAAUCUUUUCGAGGAAAUGCGAAUGCGAUACGAACGUCGAGAUCCUCGGCAGGAAGAUUUGCAGCAGAUCGAGGAAUUGAAGAGUGUGAUCGAGUCCCAGGACCGUGAUCUAAGACUCUUAACAGAACAAUUUCGAGAAAUGCAACUGCACGAGAGGGAACUGCAGCAAAGGUUAUAUCAACAGCAAAUGCAGCAGCAACAACCUCCACAACCUCCGAGGAGAGCGAAGAACCGUGGCAAACAGCAACAAAAUCAACAGAAUGAUCAAAUAGUGAUAGAAGAAGACGAACAACAACAGCAGCAGCAACAACAACAGCAUCAACCUCAGAUACAGAUCCAACCUAUGACAGCAUCUACACCUAUAGUUUGUGAUGUGAUCUACGAAGAGAAUGAAGCUGAUCUAAUCCAAGAGGAAGAACAGCAACCAACACCUUCUCAUAUUGUACAUCAAGAUCAAACAAACGCAAAGCAAACACAAAUUGUCGAGCAGCAGGAUCCACAGAGCCAGGAAGAGGUGAUAGUAGACGUUCCAGAAUCUGCCAUCGAAACUUUGGUGGACGUUGUGCAGUCGACUGAACCUGUUUUCAUCGAAAAUAUCCCAAGUUUAGAUUCAGAACCGAAUCAAUGUAAUGAACCUGCUGAGGAAUCAUCCAGUCCUGUUGAACCAUCAGAAGUCCCUGUCAUACAAAUUAGUUGUCUCCCAGAAUCAAAGCCUGCAGAAACUGAUGUGUCUGAGUCUAUACCAACGCCUGCAAUUGUUAUCACUACAGAAAACGAAGAAUCGAUAGAAGCAGAAAAUGUUGAAGUAUCUAUAUCGACGGUAGUAGAACUUCCUGCGCCUCAACAGUUUAUCAAAGUUGUAGAAGAUCCAUCUCCAGCAAAGCCGGCUCUAGUGGAACCUCAAACCGAAGUGCAACAUAAAGUACAAAGCAUGCCGGAAAUGAUUGUCAUAAGAGAACCGGAUGUGAUUGCAGAGGCCAAGGCUGCUGUUGCUGCUACUGCUGAGGUUUCGACAGCUGUUGAUGUGGUUGUAUGUGCGCCCGGUACGCGAUCUUCAUCGACGUAAUACAAAACUGAGUUAGCACCAAAAGGAGAAACCGCAGUGUGACCAUUGUGUAGGAUGGAAAAAAUCACACUCUUUAUCUAGUCUCGAUGUGGAGCACUCUGGGAGUUCCUGUAAACUGUUUUUUGUUAUGCUUUUUGCUCAUCUUAGCCUUCUGUAUCCUAUAUUUUAGAUCCCGUUGAAAAUAUAUUACUUACGAAUGGAAAUUUAUUGCAUGAUGAAGCUUAGACGUUUAACCAACAAUACGGUUGCAGAAUUCCGUGAUAUUUUUCUGAUGUCUAGACAGGAUAUCUAGGAAUCAGAAAUGGAACAAAACGAUUAUAAAACACGAACUGUACUUACUGAUAGACUUUACACUACAAGUAUAAAUAGCAAUGGGCAAUGAUCAAUAAAAAUAAUUACACCGGGA